AUGCCGAGAGACCCCGACCGAGCCGGCCUGCUCAAGAAUGACGGCAACAAGUACUUCCAGUCAGGCGACUACGUCGGCGCGGAAAGUAUGUAUUCCAAAGCGCUAACUGGUACCUUGCAAUAUAGUAUCAUCGCAGACGACACCAAUCCCGCCCUGUAUACGAAUCGCGCCAUGGCUAGGCUGAAGCUCAAGCUCUGGGACUCGGCCAUUGCCGACUGUGAAGCUUGCCUGAAGCUCAACGACGAGAGCAUGAAGGCCCACUACUACUUAGCCCAAGCCCACUCCGAACUCCACGACUACGAGGAGGCAUUGUCCCAUGCGAUCAAAGCCCACAGUCUCUGCGUCAUCACUAACGACAAGUCCCUCACGCAAGUCACCACACUCGUCCUAAAUUGCAAGAAAGCUCGGUGGGAGGAAAUGGAGAAGAAGAGGAUACGCGAAGACCAGGAGCUCGAGAAAGAGGUCAUCUCCAUGAUGGAGCAAGAGAAGGACGACAUGAUCGCCACUUGCGACAACGAAGGCGACCGAAAACAGGUUGCGCAAGAGUGGGAGCACAAGAUAUCAAUACUCAAGAAGACCUUCGACAAGGCUCGGUCUGAGUUUGAGAGGCGUCGGGUCGUUCCGGAUUGGGCCAUCGAUGACAUCAGCUUCGGUAUCAUGGUCGAUCCUGUCAUGACUAAGACUGGCAAGAGCUACGAGCGCGCUUCUAUUAUGGAACACCUUCGGAGGCAUCCCACUGAUCCGCUCACAAGGGAACCGCUGUUGCCCAAUGAACUGCGUCCAAACCUGGGGUUGAAACAAGCCUGUGAAGAGUUUCUUGAGGGAAAUGGCUGGGCCGUAGACUGGUGA